AGACUAUCUGCCAUGAACCCGCGUGGUGCUGCUAUCAGUAUUUGAUUUACUUCUAACUAUAUUUAAGCGCGCAUCGGUCCACGACCGCCAUUCCACUAUUCGCCAUUCCGUUACCGAUACAUGCCGAAAAGAAAACUACUCUAGCCAAUAAAAACAAAACAACCAUAAACAAUUGUCAAUGAUAAUAAAAAAUAAAUAACAAAAUACUCAAAAGUAUUAAGUGAAAAGAGUUCUUAAUUUAAAAAUAAUAAUAGUGUUAUUUAAAAUGACGUUUGCCGUUCCAGAAAGUAUUUCCAAGAAAAGUAGUUUUGAAGAUGCCUUGGACCUCACAGGUUUCGGCAAAUACAAUGUGGGAAUGCUAAUAACCUGCUGCCUGCUGAUCCUGGCUAUGUAUAUGGACAUCUUCGGCUUUUCCGUCGUCCUACCAGCCAUGGCGUGUGACAUGUCGCUCAAUACAUCACAACAGGGCCUGUUGUCUGCUAUACCCCUUAUAGGUUUAAUCCUAUCGUCAUAUGUUUGGGGAUUAUGUGCCGAUACAACAGGUCGACGAAAAACUUUGCUCUUAGCUAUGCCAAUCGGCUUCAUUCUGAGUCUUGCAGCAACUAUGGCACCUAGCUUCGCGAUAAUGGCUGUACUCAAAUUUUUAUCUGUUUCAUUCUCUGCAGCUGCAAACGCAGCAGCAUUUGUACUGUUAGCUGAGAGUAUACCGAGCAGACAUCGUAGCCGGUUCAUGUUCCUCAUGGCCAGUGCCACAAUGGUGGUGCAGCUUAUUAUAUGCUCCUUCGCCUUGCCUAUUUUCACUCUGGACUUCGAGUACGAAAUUUCCUGGCUAGGCGUAGUGUACAGGCCGUGGCGCCUGUUGAUGCAAGUGAUAUGCCUACCAGGUGGUCUAGGGAUCCUCUUCAUGAUUCUCCUACAAGAAAGUCCCAAGUUUCUGCUGAGUAAAGACAGGCAUGAUGAGGCGUUAGAGGCCUUCAAGGCAAUCUAUAAGUGCAACACAGGACAGACGAAAGAUAGUUAUUCUGUCAUGCACGUUUACCUAGAGGAAGCUUUAUCAGUCAAUUCUGCUGAAACUUCAGUGCUACGGAAGGUCUGGAACCAAACGGCUCCUCUGUUCAAGCGUCCGCUAUUGAAGAAUUCGGCCAUUUUGUACUAUCUGCUGCUAACUGCUUACAUGACAUCAACUGGUUUCACCAUGUGGGUGCCAACUAUGACCAACGCUUAUUUCACUGGCGAUGAAAGCCACCACGGUCGGACGUUCUGUGAGGUCGCUAGUCAGAGUACAAAUACUGGGUCUAGUAAUGGCACUGAAAUAGGCAACUGCACAGGUAGUAUAGAACCCAGAGCUUUAUACGCUACAAUGAUAUACUCAGGCGCUUCAACAGUAUUGAUGAUCUGUCUUUCCUUCGUUGUGGGCGUUUUUGGAAAGAAAAAGAUCACCCUCGCCGUCUUCAUCAUAUCCUCAACUGCUGGAACGUUGCUGCUCUUCAUCAAGGUCCCGAUGCUGAGCAUCGCUUUGUUCUUCGUGUUCUUGUACGUUGCACAGAUUUUGGGCAAUGUCAAUACUUAUCUGGUCGAGCUGAACCCUACACAUUUGAGGGGCAUGGCAACGUGUUUGUCCGUGGUAGUGGCGCGUGGUUCUGGUUUCUUCAGCGUACAGAUCAUCGCGAGCCUGCUUGGUGAAUACUGCAUGCCCAUGCUAAGUGGAUACGUCGCUUUAGUUAUGUCUGGAUUCCUUGUCGCAACAUUCUUACCUUCUGACUCCAACCCAACAGAACAAAAGAAUGAAUUAGAAAGAAAUGAAACAGAAGAUAUUGAAAAUCCUAAAGAUUAAGAUCAAUAAUAAGUAUUAGUUAUUAGAGAAAACAGCUUUCUCACACAACUGUUGGACGAAG